CGGGGCGGGGGCCGGGGCCGGAGGGGCUCCGCAGUGCGUGGGCACCAUGGCUCGCUGGCUCCGCGAGCACCUGGGCUUUCGCAGCGCUAAGCCCGCGCCCCCCGCGCCGCCCAAACCCGACUACCGCGCCGGGCCGCCGCCGCAGCCGCCCCCGCCGCCCGGGGGCGCGGCCGAGCCGCUGGCCGCCGCCCAGCCCGACAUCGUGGCGGCCUACCGGCUGCAGAAGGAGCGCGACUUCGAGGACCCCUACAGCGGACCCCCGCCCGCCGCCCCCGACGGGCCCCGCUACGUCUCGCCCAAGCACCGGCUCAUCAAGGUGGAGGCGGUCGAGAAGGUGCCCGCCAGUCCCCCCCCGCCGCCGCUGCAGCCGCUGCCGCCCGCCGCCCCGAGCUCGCCCCCGGCCGGCCCCGAGCCGCCCGACGAGCCGCCGCAGGAGCUGGCUGUCCUAGAGGACUAUGCGGAUCCCUUCGAUGCGGCGCAGGUGGCUGGCAGCCAGGCAGGGCUGGAGAAGGUGACGGAGAAUGAUGGAUACAUGGAGCCAUAUGAAGCCCAGAAGAUGAUGGCUGAGAUCCGCCAGAAGGGCUUACGGGAGGCUCCUGCCCGGCCGCUGCACCUCUAUGACACUCCCUACGAGCCUGUGCUGGAGGGGGAUGGUGAGCGUCCGUCCUGCCAUCGGCCCAGGGAGUCCCGGUUGCCCGAGGAUGAUGAGCGGCCUCCAGAGGAAUAUGACCAGCCCUGGGAGUGGAAGAAGGAGAGGAUCUCCAAAGCAUUUGCAGCCCUUUCUUUCUCUCUUUCUCUUUCUGUCUCUUUCCCACCCACCCUUGCCCCCCAUCCAGUUGAGAUCAAGGUCAUUAAAGACCUGCCGUGGCCACCGCCCGUGGGACAGCUCGACAGUGGUGAAAGCCCCCCAGAUGGUGAGGCCGGUGCCUCGGUCCCCCCGCAGCACAGCCAGCCCAGCUACGAAGACGCCAACGGUCCAUCAGAGGGGCUGGGGUACGGCCGCACCUCGCCCUGCAGAGAGGAGAAGGCCCGGGCUGCCCUCAGGCAUGGCUCCAGCAGCCUGAAGACCACGAAGACGCUGAUGGCUGAGCCUGGCCCCUUCAUCGGGGAGAGGAUUGACCCUGCCCUGCCCCUGGAGAGCCAGUGUUGGUACCACGGGGCCAUCAGCAGGACCGACGCGGAGACACUGCUGCGGCUGUGCAAGGAGGCCAGCUACCUGGUGCGCAACAGCGAGACCAGCAAAAACGACUUCUCCCUCUCCUUGAAGAGCAGCCAGGGCUUCAUGCACAUGAAACUCUCCCGGACCCAGGAGAACAAGUACGUGUUGGGUCAGCACAGCCCACCCUUCGACAGUGUGCCGGAGAUCAUCCAUCACUAUGCCAGCCGCAAGCUGCCCAUCAAGGGGGCCGAGCACAUGUCCUUGCUGUACCCGGUGGCUAUCCGUACCCUAUAGUCCUCACCCCCACCCGCCAGGCUCGAGGCCGGGCGCACCUGAAGCCGUCCCGUCCGCAGGGCCGCGCGCUGCUGUGCCAAGGACGGGCUCCGGACCAGCGGCCCAUGAGCAGCUCGCUGGGCACAGCCGGCGCUGCUGGGGAUUGCUGCAGCCAGACCCCUCGCCCUGAUCUCUCGGGUGGGCUCCCGUGGGCUGCUUUGCCUCCUGGGAUGGCACCGGGGGGACCCCCACAGGAGGAGCCGAGGAGGGCUGGCUGGCUCCGGGCAGAGCUUGGGACACAAGGACUGGAGCUGGGGCCUGGGGGGGCCACGUGUGCUUAAAGGGGGAGACCGCCCAUUAGGGUGCCUCCAUCGGGGUGCCUGGCUCUGCCAAAUGGCUGUGCCAGCAGGUGAGAAAGCUGGCAGGGGGCAAGCAGGGGCCUGCCCAGGGCUAGUGAGGCAUGGGGGGUCAGGCUAGCAGUGGUCCCCACCCACAUGGGUGCUCCCUGCUCACUGCCAUCCUUUGCCAAAUGUAAAUAGUGACCGGUCUCUGCCACGUGUGCAGCACCAGCCUAAUAAAGUGGUGCAUGGUCGGCUCCUG